CGGACAAAUAUGUCGGGCCUCGUUGACGAGAACACGAACGUUUCGCCCAACUGCCCGUCGCCGCCGGCCGCCCCGGCGGCGCCGGCCUACUACUCGAUCAACCCGGCCCUCUUCGACUCCAAGGAGUACUGGUCGUACCGCGACCUGCAGCGGCUGUGCAAGCGCCUCAACCUCAACGCCUCUGGCCGGCGCGAGAGGCUCGUGGAGGCGCUGCAGGAGUGGCACCGCGAGUCACGCCGGCUCGACCAGAGCGGAAAGUUCCUCGGCGUCGAGGUGCGCGCCUCGCCUGGCGGCCGCGCGAUCAACCCGCAGCUGGUCUCGCCGCUGAAGCCGGCGCGGCAGCGGUCCACCGAGGAGAUACCCUCGCCCUCCAUCCUUUCGGAGGGCCGCCGCGCCCAAGGCCUCUGCCCAAAGCCGUCGCCGAAGCUCGUCUUUUCGCCCUUCAACCAGGUCAAGCUCAUUCCGCCAAAGGAGCAGACCGAGAUGUUCGGUCGGUACAGAGAGCCCGACUACGAUGACCUCGAGUCGGAGGAUGACGACAACGAGCUCGACUCGGACGAGGACAAUGAAGUCCUGAGGCAGUCCCUGCAACGGGCGAGGAUGUGAGGGCCCCGGGUUGCACAGCCGCCCGACUAUUGAGCUCGAUUUGAAGGGCUCGCCGCGCUCUGCUCGGAUUGAGUGGAGCGCCCUGAGGUCUCGGUGGGGGAGCGGAUCUCCCACGAGAUCGUUGUGAGAUCUUCUUCAGAUGUGCGGCGCUCUUUCUGAGACACACCUCGGUCGCGCGAGGUGACUCUCGCAUCGUCCGCGUGAUGGCGCCGCGUUAUAAUCGUGCGCGAUGUCCGAUGUCGUGGUGUACGAUCGAACGAAAUACUGACGUAUAUAGCUGUUUCGUUUUUUAAUUUCCCACGGGGGCCAC